AUGACCUCGUCCACCUUCCAAGAAGUCGUCAGCCAGUUUGUCCUCUCCAAGGAGCAGGUCGACAAGAUUAUCAAUGGCCUCAACGACGAGCUCAUCGAGGGUCUCUCGACCACCGACCCCAAGAACAUCACCCAGCAGCCCUCCUUCAUCACCCGUCUCCCCACCGGCAAAGAGACCGGUCUUUACCUCGCCAUCGACAUGGGCGGCACCAACCUCCGCACCGCUGCCGUCCACCUCCUCGGCGACGGUCAGGUUGGUGUCACCAUGGAGAAGCACGAGAUCACCCACGAGCUCAAGACCGGAACCGGCCAGGCCAUGUUUGACUGGAUUGCUGACUGCACCGCUGCCCUCUUGAAGUCUGUUGCCUUGGACAUGGGCAAUGCUGAGCUCCAGAUGGGAGUCACCUUCUCCUUUGCCAUCCAGCAGACUGCCAUUAACCGUGGAAAGGUCUUGGCCAUGGGCAAGGGAUUUGAUCUCUCCGAUGUUAUGGGCAAGGACCUCAAGGACUUGCUCGAGGGCGGUUUCGCUCGCAAGAACCUCCCCGUCACCGUCUCGGCCAUCAUCAACGACACCGUGGGCACCCUCGUCUCCCACGCCUACGUCUCGCCCUCGACCAAGAUCGGAGUCAUCCUCGCCACCGGCACCAACGCCGCCUACAUCGAGCGCGCCUCCGAGGUCUCCAAGUACAACGGCCCCGCCUGCGACCAGAUGAUCCUCAACACUGAGUGGGACGCCAUGGGCAAGGCAGAAUACCUCCCCCAGACCAAGUACGACAAGGAAAUCGAUGCCGUCUCCCUCGUCCCAGGAUUCCAGGAGUUUGAGAAGAUGGUCUCUGGUCUUUACAUGGGUGAACUCGUUCGCCUCGCCAUUGUCGACUUGAUCGAGCAGAACGCCAUCUUUGAGUCCCUCGGCGGCAAGGUUCCCGAGUCCCUCAAGCCCCGCUUGGCCUUCAAGACCUUGUUCAUGUCGACCAUCGAGUCCGACAACGAUUCCGGCCACUCUGCCGUCGACCGUGUUUUCAAGACUUCCUUCGGUGUCGAAGGUUUGACUGCCCAGGACCGCGCCCGUGUCUAUGAGUUGAUCCACACUAUCGGCCAGCGUUCUGCCACCAUGACCGCCGCUGCCUGCGCUGCCCUCCUCCACAAGGCUAACGGCACCUCUGUUAAGUUGGAUGACGCCAACGAGAUCACCACCAUCGGUAUUGAUGGAUCUGUCUUUGAGAAGUACCCCCACUUCUCCCACAGCAUGAUGGAUGCUUUGACCGAUAUCUUGGGCAAAGACCGUGCCUCCCGCAUCCGCUUGGAGCUCGCCCGUGAUGGUGGCUGCAUUGGUGCCGCCUUGGUCGCCAUGGUUUCCCACUCUGGCGGAGCCGUCUAA